UCCGGGUGGGGUGCGGUCUUACCCUGAGGCCGGACACAGGCCCUCAAACUUCUCCCCCAUGCCAGGCAGUGGUGGGGGCGGGCCCAGAGGGCCAGUGCCGGUGCGGGCUGACACUCCGAUCUGGUUGAGCUCCCAGGUGGCCCCUGGCAAGCUGAUGGUCCGGCGGGGGGUCGGGCCAAGGGUCUGCCCGGGCCGUGAGGCGUGGCGGGUACCCGUGGGUCGCCCGCGGUACGAAUUCCGGGGCAGGAUGACGCCCUGCGGGCCCCAGCUCACAGCUGCCGGGGCGGGGGCCUGGUUCCCGAGCCCCUCCGAGGGCGCCUUCCCCGGGCCCUCCAUCGUCCUGCGGUGCAUCCCAAGGUUGGCGCUGCCGGAGGAAGUCUCAGCCGUCGAGAAAGAGGUGGCGCAGCUGGCCAAGGAGCUGAGGCAGAAGAGGAAGAGCCUGGGGUAUUCGCAGGCCGACGUGGGGUUCGCCGUGGGGGCUGUUUUGGGGAAGGUGCUUAGCCAGACUACCAUCUGCCGCUUCGAGGCCCAGCAGCUCAUCCUCGCCAACAUGUGGAAGCAGCGACCCAUGCUGAAAAUGUGGCUGGAGGAAGUGGACACUAAGAACCUUCUGGGCUUAUGCAAAAUGGAGACGAUCCUGCCGCAGGCUCGGAAGCGGAGGCGGGCAAGCAAGGAGACACGCAUCGGAAACACCCUGGAGAGAAUCUUCCUGCAGUGCCUGAAGCCCACACCCCAGCAAAUCAGCCCCAUCUCUGGGCAGCUCCGAAUGCAGAAGGACCUGGUCCGAGUUUGGUUCUAUAACCGGAGCAACAUGGGCAGUCGGCCAACUGAUGAUUUCUCCCCACCGGAGGAGGUGGGGGCAGCUAGGCCUCCUUUCCCAGGGGGACCAGUAUGCUUUCCCCUGGCAUUGGGGCUCCAUUUGGGUUCCCCCCACUGUGAGGAGCCGUACUUUACACCCUUGUACCCCUCCACCCCUCCCCUGCGGGGCGACCCCCUUCUUGGCCCGGCCACCACUCUAGGUUUCCCGGGGCUUUCAAACUGAGGGGCCUGUCCUUCUGGGGACGGCCCCCCUGGGGAAACCGGUCCCUGAGGUUCGU